UUUAAAAUCCGAAUUUAUCUGAAAGGUACGCUCACGACUUGUCAGCCGUCAGAUAUUGUCAAUGUUGAAGAAAACGUAGCCUAAAACUAAAAGAAAUAAUUAACCAUGGCUACUACAAUGUUUAAAUUGUCGUCUGCCUUAAUUAAUUCGUCAAAAAACUAUAGGUAUGUCGUGGGACUUAUCAACAAAUGCAACAUCUCAACCACCUCUACCAGACUGCGUAAAGAGCGUGAUACUUUCGGCGAGCUGGAUGUGCCUGAUGACAGGCUGUAUGGCGCCCAAACGGUCAGGUCCGUCAUGAAUUUCCCCAUCGGUGGCAUCGAGGAAAGAAUGCCGUACCCUGUCAUCGUGGCCUUUGGUAUCCUGAAGAAGGCUGCUGCUAAAGUGAACACGGAAUAUGGCUUGGACAAGAAAAUUGCGGAUGCGAUCAUCGAGGCGUGUGAUGACGUCAUAUCCGGGAAGCUGUACCGAGAAGGCCACUUCCCCCUCGUCAUCUGGCAGACUGGAUCUGGCACACAGUCCAACAUGAACACCAAUGAGGUGAUAUCCAACCGAGCCAUUCAGAUCCUGGGUGGUAAGCUUGGCUCUAAGACGCCCGUUCAUCCCAACGACCACGUGAACAAAUCUCAGAGCUCCAACGACACCUACCCAGCGGCGAUGCACAUCGCUGUGGCCAUGGAGCUGAGGGAUAGGCUGAUGCCCGGUCUCGUAGCGCUGAGGGACACCCUCGAGAAGAAGUCCAAGGAGUUUGAGAAGAUCAUCAAGAUCGGAAGAACCCACUUGAUGGAUGCCGUUCCUCUCACCCUCGGCCAGGAGUUCAGCGGGUACGCGACCCAGCUCACGUACGGGAUAGAGCGAGUGUGCACCACGCUGCCUCGACUGCACUACCUGGCCCUGGGCGGAACGGCGGUCGGCACGGGACUCAACACCAGGAAGGGAUUCGCUGAGAAAUGCGCUAAGGAAAUCGCCACACUUACUGGCAUCCCCUUCGAAACCGCCCCCAACAAGUUCGAGGCCCUGGCGGCCCACGACUCCAUGGUGGAGGUCCACGGGGCCCUCAACACCAUAGCGGUGUCCCUGAUGAAGAUCGCCAACGACAUCCGCAUGCUGGCUUCCGGUCCGCGCUGCGGCCUCGCCGAGUUAAUGCUGCCUGAGAACGAGCCCGGAUCCUCUAUCAUGCCGGGCAAAGUGAACCCGACUCAGUGCGAAGCGCUUACAAUGUUGGCCGCUCAGGUGAUGGGUAACCACGUGGCCUGCACCAUCGGUGGCAGCAACGGACACUUUGAACUGAACGUCUUCAAGACAAUGAUGGUGGCCAACGUACUGAGAUCCAUUAGGCUUAUCGGCGACGGCUGCCAGGCGUUCAACAAGAACUGCGCUGUCGGCAUUCAGGCUAACAUUGCACAGAUCAAUAAGAUCAUGAAGGAGUCACUAAUGUUGGUGACGGCACUCAAUCCACACAUUGGAUAUGAUAAGGCUGCGUUGAUCGCUAAGACAGCACACAAGGAAGGUGGAACCCUGAAGGACACGGCUAUCAAACUAGGAAUCCUCACCGCUGAACAGUUCGACCAAUGGGUCAGGCCGGAGGACAUGCUCGGCCCCAAGUAGAAAGUAUUUAUAUGUAUCGCCUGUAUUAUAAAACCUUCAUUCUAAACGUGUGUCAGACAUUUUGAUGUCUUGGUCACUAAACAAAUUAUCAGGUAACAUUAUAUUUAUAUUUAUAUUUAUAUAUAUAUAUAUAUAUUGUAUGGCCAUCAUCAAAAGUCCAAUACAAAGUGUUUAGAAUGAACGCGUAAAUGUCUGUCCCGUUAAUGUAUUGCUACAAUUGUAUAGAAAAUAUUGAAGGACAUUAAAAAAUCAAAACAAUGAAGGUGAAUUACGUUUAAUUGUGAAAAAAAAGGUGUAAUUUAUUUAACUAUGCUCAUUUAUUAUAUUAACUCAUAACAACACUGAUGCUCUGGAAUGUUUCAGCGACUUAUGUUGAUGUUACAAAUAAAUAAAUUUUAGUACAA